AGGCAGUUAAGUUUAUAAUGAUUUUAUUCUCAGAUCGUUUGUACGUACACCAAUGGGGAGUAACGACUUUGAAUACUUUUCACCGCAGUUUUUAGUGUGCGUUUUUUUCUUUUUGUUGUUGUAAUAUAUAAUUUUCUUUUUUUGCGACAUACAUAGACAUCUGACGUCUGGGUAAUAACUAUAUCUAUUGCCAAAGUUUGCAUGUUCUAUGAAAGGAAAACUUAAUAGACGCGUUUAGUUUGUUCGCAGAAACCGAGAGUUGCAGUUGAGAACGAAGCGUCCCGGCGAAGUUGAAAAGUGCAUUUCGAAACAAGUUCUUUUUAAACGCCUUUCUUUAAAUAACUGAGUUUAGUGCGAACAGAAACCAUGAAAGUGGAGAGGCAUAAACUUUUGAUCGCCUCUGUGGCGGCGCUGCUGUUUGGCGUGAUUUUUGGUUGGGUUGGCUUUCCGAAAAUACUCAAAAUGAUGAUAAAAAAGCAAGUUUCACUUAAGCCGGGCACCGAAAUACGCGAUCUCUGGACACAGACGCCAUUUCCACUACAUUUCUAUAUAUAUGUAUUCAACAUCACCAAUCCGGAUGAGGUGAUGAAGGGCGAAAAGCCCAAUUUACAAGAAAUCGGACCAUUUGUUUUCGAUGAAUGGAAGGAUAAAUAUGAUCUGGUCGACGAUCCCUUGGAAGAUUCGAUCUCAUUCACUAUGCGCAACACAUUUUAUUUCAAUGAAAAGAACUCAAAAGGACUAACCGGUGAAGAGCUCAUAACUAUUCCACAUCCAUUGCUUGUGCCUAUCUCCGUGGUUGUACAGCGCGAACGUGCCGCCAUGUUGGAUCUAGUCGCCAAAGCUAUAAAUAUUGUGUUCGCUGGGCAGAAAGCGGUAAUCACAGCUAAAUUUAUGGAUGUAUUCUUUCGUGGACUUUACGUGGACUGUUCGUCACCGGAAUUUGCUGCUAAAGCGCUCUGCACGGCUUUCUACACGGGUGAGGUGAGGCAAGCGAGACAAGUGAAUUCAACACAUUUUCUAUUCUCGUUUCUGGCCAAUAACAACCACACCGACGGUGGUCGCUUUACCGUCUGUCGUGGCGUUAAGAAUGUAAGCAAGCUUGGCAAAGUCAUACGAUUUGGUGAUGAGCCCACAUUGGAUAUAUGGGGCGGCGAAGAGUGUAACGAAUUUAUCGGUACCGAUUCAACGAUUUUUGCACCGUUCAUGACAAAAGAACAAGGCUUGUGGGCCUUCACGCCCGAUUUAUGUCGCUCCUUUGGCGCAGUCUACAAACGGAAGUCCUCAUAUCAUGGCAUGCCAGCAAUGCGAUAUCACAUGGAUUUGGGUGACAUAAAGGCGGAUCCGAGUUUGCAUUGCUUCUGCGACGAUCCGGAAGAUAUUGAAUCUUGUCCACCCAAAGGUACGAUGAAUUUAGAACCUUGUGUUGGUGGUCCAAUUAUAGCAUCAAUGCCACACUUUUAUAAUGCGGAUCCCAAACUGCUGGAAGAGGUGAACGGUUUAAGUCCGAAUGAGAAGGAUCAUGCAGUUUUCAUUGAUUUUGAAUUGACCUCUGGUACGCCUUUUCAAGCUGCCAAACGUUUGCAGUUUAACAUGGACAUGGAACCUGUUGAGAAAAUUGAACCCACCAAGGAUUUGCGUAAAAUGAUUUUUCCACUCUUUUGGAUUGAAGAGGGCGUGGCAUUGAAUAAAACCUUUACAAACAUGCUAAAAUAUACGUUAUUCCUCGGUCUAAAAUUCAACUCUGCGCUGCGUUGGUCGCUCAUAACCAUGGCUUUGGUGGGUCUCAUGUCCACCUGUUACUUGUAUUAUAAGAAGAGUGAUAGCUUAGAUAUCACUGUGCCACCGAAAGCCAUAAAAGAGCGCACCAGUAAAGUGGAGGAUGUAAAGCCAUUGCCACCCGCGGAUAAAAAGCCUAUACCACCCAUCGCACAGGCUGAUCUCUCGAACCGUCGCGAUACAACGAAUAGGUUUUAGGUCUAUUGAUUAAACAAUUGUAAUCUUUUUUUAUAAUAAGCACAUUACAUUCACAAUACUCUAUCUGGAAAUAAUGAUCUUUUCACACAUACAAUAUAUAUAAAAUAAAGUAGUAAUAUUUUUGGUUUAGUCACCAAAUAUGAUGUA